UGUGUAGGGGAGGGCUUGGGCAGGUGACUGGUUGGAAAACAUCACUACCUUGUCUGACGGAAGGCGGGGGGGGGGACUUUAAAACAGACCUGCCUGAGUGAUAUGAAUUUCUUAUACAGACCGUUAAGAAGCAGGAGGACAGACAUGAGGGACUACGGCUGGAACAAUUUCAAGGAUUUGAUUUUCAGAAAUCCUGCUGUUGUCGACCAGGACCCCCACGUGAAUGACGGUGAUGAGAACACUGAGCGUGGAAACUGGGCCAACAAGAAGGAGUACAUCCUCUCUACGAUCGGCUAUGCUGUUGGACUGGGAAACAUUUGGAGAUUUCCAUAUUUGGCCUACAAGAAUGGAGGGGGUGCCUUUCUCAUCCCCUACUUUGUGAUGUUAGUGGUGACAGGAAUUCCUCUUUUCUUUCUGGAAAGUGCCUUUGGUCAGUUUUGCAGCCAAGGUCCAAUUAACAUAUGGAGAGCUGUUCCACUGCUGCAGGGUGUUGGCAUUGCCAUGGUUACGGUUACUCUAAUAGUAUCAGUUUACUACAACGUCAUCAUCGCCUACAGCCUGUACUACAUGUUUGCCUCCUUCCAGUCUCCUCUGCCCUGGUCCAGCUGCUUCAGCUGGGCUGACAGUAACUGCAGCAACACGCCUACAGUGUAUUGCAAUCAAAGUGGUAUUUUAGUGGCCAACUGGACUCAGCAAAACAGCACUUGUCCUUCAUCCAACAUGAUCACAGUUCCAGUCCAGAGCCCGAGCGAACAAUACUGGGACCGUGUGGCUCUGCAGAGAUCCAGUGGUCUGGAUGAAACAGGACCAGUGGUUUGGCACUUGGCCCUCUGUCUGCUGCUCAGCUCUAUGAUUGUUGCUGCAGCCCUCAUCAGAGGCAUCAAGUCAUCAGGCAAAGUAGUGUAUUUCACAGCUACAUUUCCUUACGUGGUGAUUCUGAUCCUGCUGAUCAGAGGUUUGACACUAGAGGGAGCCAGAGAUGGCAUAGAGUUCUACAUUGGUUCCCAAUCCAAUUUGACUAAAUUGACCGAAGCACAGGUGUGGAAAGAUGCAGCUACUCAGACCUUCUACUCUCUUUCGAUUGGUUGGGGUGGAGUCAUGACUCUUGCCUCCUACAACAGUUUCCACAACAAUGUGUUCAAAGACUCAUUUGUUGUAACACUUACAAAUGCUGGUACCAGUGUUUUUGCAGGUUUUGCCAUAUUUUCAAUCUUGGGCCACAUGGCUAACAUUUACAAAAUGCCUGUUGGAGAGGUGGUGAAGGAAGGAUUUGGCCUGGCGUUCAUUGCCUAUCCAGAUGCUCUGUCCAAGCUUCCUAUUUCCCCUCUGUGGUCCAUUUUGUUCUUCUUCAUGCUUUUGACUGUUGGUCUGGACUCCCAGUUUGCAGGAAUAGAGGUAAUCACCACCUGUCUGGUCGAUGCCUUCCCUAAAAUCUUAAAAUCCAGACGUGCUCUACUGACUAUAACAACAUGUUCCAUCCUCUACCUCCUGGGUCUACCAUGUGUUACAAAGGCAGGAAUAUACUGGGUGACUCUAAUUGACCAGUUUGUUGCCAGCUGGGUGUUGUUAUUUUUGGCUCUCUUGGAGAUCAUUGGUGUCUGCUACAUAUAUGGAGGGAACCGUUUUAUUAAAGACAUUGAGAUGAUGCUUGGAAAUAAAAGCUUCUCCUUCUGGCUGUGGUGGAGAGCAUGUUGGUUCUUCCUCAGCCCCUGCAUCAUAGUGGUGAUCCUGGUUUGGUCUCUGAUGACCUUUACACCACCGUCCUACGGAGCAGUCCAGUUCCCAGACUGGGGAUUGGCUCUGGGCUGGUGCAUGGCUGUAUUUAUCCUCCUCUGGAUCCCUGUCAUCGCUGUGUAUAAGCUGAUGAGAGCUCAUGGAAGCCCUUGGAAGCGUCUGAAGUCAUUGUGCUCUCCAGCUGAAGAAUGGCAUCCCUACCUGGACAUCCAUCGAGGAGAACGCUACUCAGAAGAACGCUGCCGCCACAGGAUGUACAGUAAAAACAAACCAGAAGUAAAUGUAAAUGUAAUCUCUAGCUCAUGGCUCUGAUGUUUGUGUUCUGUGUGUUUACCUGUCAUAUUCCUCCUUUUAGUGAAGCAGUGUAAUCUGUGAGCACCUUGUACUGAGCUAAGUUAAAGUUGCAUUGAGUGAUUUUGUACCUGCAGGAGACGCAGAGCGUCGAUAUUCACUUAAUACUCAUCUGGUAUUUCAGCAGAUAAAGAGUGAGAUGGGAAUCCCAUCUGAGGCUUCUUCCUUCAGGGAAUAAUAUCUGAGUCUCUUUGACUCUCCCCACCAGCUAUGUUUUUUUGUCUGCUGUCCGGGCAGCAGACAACAAACUUGUGUGAGGUGUUUACAGUAAAUGGAACAGAGCCAUUUAAGACCACACGGACCAAUGAGCGAGAAGUGGCUUUAAGCUACUUCUAGCUCAUUAAUAAUAGCAAUUCCUUCAUUUCAUUCCACAUAAAUAUCAAGUGUUGGUUAAUGGGGCUUUGGAGUCAGGGGUUGUUUCUUAUUUUGUCAUGUAUUGACUUUUUAUUUAUUUUGUUUUCUCUUUUAGUAGUUAGCGUUUCAGUAAUCAAGCUUGUCUGUCCUGUCAGUUAACUACAGCACAUCCUCUGUUCCACCCCUUUGAUGUCCUACAAUAAAUCUCUUAUUUCUGCAACUUU